AAGAACCUCAAUUCCAUGACGCUCGCUUUUGAGGGACAAGUCAGGCAAACCGCCGCCCAACAGAUUUACGCAGCGGAUUGAACGCCUGAGCGCCAAUCUAGCAGGAGUGCUGAUGCCUGCUUCGAGGUGAUGCCGGCCAAUCGCAGAGCCGCCAAUGAACAUUUUGGGACUCCAGGUAAAAUAAGUUACCUGGCAAGUCAGGAAGGGGCUGCUGAACGGUGCCUCUGGCGGCCCUCCUGCGGCGGGCUGCUCGCUGCGCUCGGUAUUCCACGGCUUGAGGAAUCCGAGGAUUAUCCGAUCGACCAGUCCCUGGAGCCCAUUUCGACACGGACGAAAACUGGCCAAUCCCUGUGCGAGAAACUUUCAGCACCUUCACGGUAAAGUAGAAGAUACAGCCUCUCUACGCCACCUCCGGCUCGCAAGCUCGCCUACGGUGGCUCCGUUUAGCUGAAUAAGCUAUGGAGUCCAA